AUGCCAACUUCAACCAGAGCAACUCCAGUGUCAUCGUCAGCAUCUGAAGCAGAGACUGAAAGUGAAUAUCAAGAGUCCGAAAAAUCAGAUGAAGAAUCCGUGCAAACAAGGAGAAAGUAUAGCAAAACUGGAACUGCAACUAAGUUAGAAGUGAAUAGUUCAAAGAAGACUAUUGAAGAUUUCUUUGGUAAAUCCUCUCAGAAUAAUUCCAGUGCAAUUAAGAAACCCAUGAAUUUACUGAGUUAUUUUACUAAAGACCCUCAUUCACGUGUGUCUAAUGGAAAAACAGAGACAUCAGUAGAAUCAUCAGUCUUGGAAAAACUUGCACAAGUGCCUGUUCAGAAUGAUACAGUGAAAAAGAAUCUUUUGGAAAAGAAUUUAACUGUUAGUCCUUUGGAUAAAAGUAGUUCUAAGGCCAGUUCUUUGGAUAAGAAUAGUCAUGAGGCCAGUUCUUCGGAUAAAAGUAGUUCUAAUGCCAGUUCUUUGGAUAAAAAUAGUAGUAAGGCCAGUUCUUUGGACAAAAAUAGUUCUGAUGUCAUUUCUUUGGAUAAAAAACGGAAACGUGCUAGUAAACAAGUACUGAGUGGAGAUGAUUUUGUUGAGAUCACUCAGCCAAAACGUUUUAAAUCUACAGACAGUAAUGAAGAAUCAAAGACAGCCAUAUCUCUACCUUCAAAUGAGCCAUUUUUAGAGAAAAUGCCUCAAAACAUUUCUAAUACAGAAUCAAAAACAUUUGACCAAAAUAUUGAUCCUUCCAAUGAUGAUGAUGAUGAUUUUAUUUCAAAAACAGAUGCUACUAACACUUGUAAAAAAGUUGUUUUGUGUGAAAAUGACCAGGAAUUAUCUAAAAGGAAAUACACAAAGAAAAAUUCCAAAAAUUGUAUAAAUUCUAAUAUGUUAAACAAACAGUCAAAAUUGAAAUCAUCAAAGACCCAACAAGUUAAUGUUGGUAAAAGUAAUCCAUUAAAUAAGUAUUAUUGUGAAAAAGAUAAAAAGAAACUUUCUGAUAACUGUAAAAGUGAAAAAGAAAAAACGGAUUCUAGUGAUCCUCCUCCAAAUUCGAAAGAAAUUUCUGAGAGUAAUUCCUGCAAUAGCAGCAUUGUCAACAGUCUGACAUAUUUAAAUACAAAAUCAGAUUUAGAUGAAAGUUGUCAGUCACUGAAAGUUCAAACUUGUGAAAAUGAUGACCAAAAUGCUAUGGAACUCUCAUAUGAAGAAUUUUUACUUUCUCAGACUGUUAGUGAUGAAGAAUCUGUAAAUAUGGAAUUUGCCAAAACGAGUUCAGAAAAAGCAUUUCCUUCUGAAUGUGAUCCCAUUCCUAUGUCUGUUGACUCAGUAAAGACAGAUGUAAGUAAUUCUCAGCAAGUUACUGUUGUGGCUGACAUACACCCGGAACCAUCUUUAAACUUACCAGCUACAUCUAACACUAUAGAUAAUUCCAGUAAAUCUGCAGAAGCCAUUUUGAAAAGUGUCUCUUCAGAAGUGAUUAAAUCUAAACAUCAAGAUGUUGAUGACAUAGUUGUUUUGGAUACAGAAGUGUUAAAUAAAGCCGAUGAGAUUCCUGCUGUUGUUGAUGAUGGUGAUGAUGUUUCACAUAAAGAGCAAGAGAAACAAACUAAAUCAACACUUGAUGUAACCACGAAAAAGGCCAUUCCUAGCCAUAAGUUUAAGCCUGUCUCAAAAGCUAAGAACCAAAAGCCUGCAGUACUAUCCAAUUCCGUUGGUGUAAAAUGUUCGCAGUCAACACUGAAUUUUGAACAAGGUAACUCCAAUUCUGUUUCAACUAUUUCUGUUGGGAAUACGAAAGGAACUCUGAAAACACUUUCAAAACAGUCAAAGAUUAGUGCCAAGGUUAUUGUGCGACAGCAAAACAGGAGUAUUCACAGAAAGACCCAAUCAAGAAACAUAGUGAAGUACAAGGGUAAAAAGUCUGUAAAUAGUACCAAACAGAAUAGAAACCAUAAUCUGUCAGCGGUGUCAGACCAGUCGAAGAAAAUGAAACACAAAAUCAGCAACAAGAUAAACAAGAAAACAAAUAGGAAGAAAUCUGUGAAAAUUUCAACAAAGCAUUCUGUGCCAAAGGAUAUAAAGAAAUCAAAAGUGUCUCCACCUGAAGAUAAGACAAUGGAAGCUGAAUUUUCUGAAGUGAAGAGUGAUUCUACAGCAUCAGCAGAUGCCAACAGAAAAGACAGCCUGAAUCUGUCAAAGAAAUCUGUGAAGUCAAAGCUUGAUAGCAUUAGUGAAGUAGGGUUAGAAGAAAUAUCUUCACCAUCAACUCGUAAGAGUUUAAGAUUACAAGAAAAGAAAGCACUGCCAACAUCAUGUGAUGAUCUUGUGGUACUGGAUGAAGUUGUAGCCCCUAAAGAGAAGGAGAAUAAAGUGAACCCGAAGACAACUUUGGGUACAAAAGACGAGAGUUUAAAUAAUGAAAAAACUUGUCAAAAAGGUGGAAAACUUGCUCCGAUCUUCAUGAAAACCAGCACCAAGAAAAAUGGUAAAAAAUCUAAAGAAUUGGAAACAGAAAAGGACAGGAUGCGGCGUGCCUUUCUGAUGAGUGGUCUGCCCGAGGAAGCUAAACGACAACAACAAACCAUCAACAACACUGUGAAUGUAGAUAGUUGUGACCAUGCUCCAUUCCCCAGUGAAAACCAUGUCCAGCAAAUUGAACCAACAACUGAAAUUAACCAUUGGGAUUUACCAGAAGUAAAUUUACCAUUAAUUAAAUUAGCACCAGCAGGGAACCAGUCCAUUAAACCACCACCAUGGAAUGGAUCUUUUAGUGUCAUCACUGGAGCACAUACACCGAAUCCAAGAGUGGAUCAUCUGAAGAAAUUCUCUGGUCACACUCCCCUCUCAGCAUCUGAAAUUAAGAUGCUUCUUCAAGAAAUUUAUGCUGCUAAUCUUGCUUAUCCUGCACAACAUUUCUAUGAUAUGGCAUUAAAAAGAAACAGGGUUGCUGAGAAGAGUGAGAAAAUCUCAGCAAAGUUGGAAACUGGUAAAGAAACUGUGAAUACUGAAGAAGCUGAUGGUGUCACAGAAAAUCAAAAGGGUAAGAGGAAAAGCAAGCGCAGCUUAAGUCGUCGGAAGUCUAACAAGAAAGAUGCAGAUCCUGAUCUGAAAGCUGAUUGUCAGAAACCAGAGAAAAAUGAUGCCAAUUCUGAAGAGAAAGUCUGUGAUAUUCUGUGGACUGAAAAAUACCAACCACUUCAUUCCUCUGAAGUAAUCUGCAACAGCAGCAAUGUGAAGAGACUGAAAUCUUGGCUCUUGGAUUGGAAACAACGGACUGAUCGAGAAGCGAGGAAAUUAAAGAAGUUGUUGAUGAAACAGAAGAAAUCUAAGAAGAACAAAGAGGAGGACAGUAACUCUAUGUUGUCAUGGAAUGAUGAUGAUAGUGAUUUUGCUUUAUCGCCAAGUGAAAGUGAAGAUGACUCUCUGUGUAACACAAAACUUCUGACUGGUCCUCAAGGAAUUGGGAAAACAGCUUCAGUUUAUGCUUUAGCCAUGGAACUUGGUUAUCAGGUCUUUGAAGUGAAUGCUUCGUCAGUUCGCAGUGGGAAGAAAAUCUUAACCCGAUUACAAGAGGCCACACAAUCUCAUCAAGUCAGUAAAGACAAAUCUGACUCGACUAACCUUCCUCAGCCUUCAACAGAUGUCCCAAAUGCACCUCUGAAGAAUCUUGAUGCUCCAUCAUUUUCUACCUUCUUCAAGAUGUCUGUAGAUAAUACAGCAUCUGAUAAGAGUUCUAAAAGUGAGAAGAAUUUAGUUGGCUCCAGUUUGGCUGGGAAGUUACCAAAUAAUAAAAGAAAGAAGAACGAGAAACAUGUUUUGCCUGUCAAAAAUACAAUACCACGUUGUGUUCUGCGAAAAUCCUCUGAGACUGGUUCUUGGAAGAAAAUCGACUUUGUUGACACCAACUUAAACAACUCCCUCAGUUCUUCUGAUAAGGUUUCCAAUCGACUCAACAUUGCCAGUACAUCUCUCAUUCUUUUUGAUGAAGUUGAUAUUGUAUUUGAGGAAGACAAAGGGUUUUGGACAGCCAUUCUUCAAUUUAUGUCUUCUACCAAAAGACCCAUUAUUUUGACUUCUACGUCGGCAGACUUCAGCGAACAAUUUACUGGGUCCUGUGAGCCACUACAUUUUCACACGCCAUCUACAAAAACCUUAACAAGUCAUUUGCAGACGUUGUGUUUGGCUGAGAAUGUUGUGACCAAAGCUUCUGAAAUAUCUGACCUAGUGACAUAUUACAACGGAGAUGUCAGAUCUUGCCUGUUAGCUCUCCAGUUCUGGGUAAACUCUGGUGCUUCUGGCUUUCCUGUCAAUAUACCUCUAUCACAUGUCGGUUGCAGCAACCCUUCUUCACUUCCUGACAACAGCAGCAAGCCCAAGUCUGAAGCCGUUCACACUGAAAAUUCCAAGGAAAUUGCAGAGAAGCAGCUGGAAUUAAAGGACACUGAUGAUGUUUCCAAACAAGAAUUUGCUGCCCAUUUACAUUUCUUGGAGAGUUAUUUGGCUAUAGAUCCAGUUCAGUUGCAGUUGUUGCGCCUUGAAAAUGACACAUCAAAGACUCCCAUUGAUGUAAACCAGCUGGACAAUUUAACUCAGGCGUGCCAACAUUGUUAUUCACAGAAAUUUUAUUUAUGCCGUCAACUAUUUCUUUCUAUACUUUGUUUAUCUCGAACAACAUUACCUCCAUUCAACCUCAGCUUACAUGCUUUAAAAAAGGUUACGAAACACAAUGUGCCAGAGGCCAUACAAAGGUUAAAAAGUGAUUUAUAUGACAGCGAAACAUCCUGUGAUGAUGUCAUCUGUCCGACUGUUAAAGAACAGAGCUGUAGAACCGACAGAAAUGAUAUUAAACCACUUGAAAACUAUUCGGAAGACUGUGUCGUUAAUAAUUCUAUGGAAGAUAAUGAUUUAGAACUUCAUCAGAAAACUUCUCCUCUUAGUAAUCUGGAUGAGAACACAAUACUUCCAUCACAGGAGAGUUCUGAUUGGAAAACUCUUGGAGGUAUUAGCAAAUUCUAUGACUGUUGUUCCGACAUAGAUAUAUUUUUAACUUCUUGUUCAUCAGAACUUUCUGUCAAUCCUAAUACUCUGAGAUCUGUUAAUUGCCGCAGUUCUCUCUCUCCAGGAUUAUGGGAUGAAUUUCCAAUCCUAAGCAAUGAGCUUCGCCAUUCUCAGACAUUUACAGAACACACAGCUGAUAUUGCUGCCCAUAUGGAAGUGAGGUCCUACUUGAAAUGUCGGCAAGAUGUGGCUUCCUCCACCUGUGCUGCUGAUUUGAAACAGCUGCAGCAAAAUACCUCAAUGUCUACUUCUCAACACCACUCAGAUUUUGUAGAACCACCACAGCAACAAGACAGGAGUGUUUCUUUAGCUCGACAGAAAGCUGUAGAAAACGUCAUCCACAAUCUUCCAAUAUACCAAUCCCUAAAUUCCAACCUGAUCUUUUUGGAUUAUUUUCCUGUACUUCGAAACAUCUGUCGUACAGAGAAGGUUCGACAAUUGGCUAAAGUGAAACGAAGGUAUUCUGUAUCUCUUUUCGUUCUAUAUAUUGUUUUCAUUCAUUGGACUGUGGUUAAGCUGGAGCCACUACCCUUUAACCCUUUAGCAUUUAAACCUGCCAUACCCGGCCCAAAUAUGUUCAAACUAGCCAGAUCUGGCUUCGCACACCUACCCUCCAAUGUCAUUCUAAAAAUAAACAAUCACAUCAUCAAAAUUUCAAAGCUCCAAUGUAAUUGCAUGAUUAAUUCAAAACAAUUUGAUCAUUCAAGCAUUACAUUUGACAGAAUGAUCUGAAUGCUAAAGGGUUUUAGUCAAUGACCUAAAUAUAUAUUUCAUUCUGGUAUUUUAUUGACCUCUAAUUUAUUAAUUGAAUUAUAGCUGUUGAUGUUAUGGGAUGCUGCUCAGUGCUUUGAUUUUAUUGUCAUUCCCAAACAUUGGCAUAUGUACACAUCAACAUCAUCAUUUUAACAUCCACUUUUCUAUGCUUGUAUGAAUCAGAUGGAAUUCAUUGAGGCAGAUUUUGUACAGCCAGCUCCCCCUCCUGUUGCCAACCCUCACUCAUUUCUAACAUGUCCAGUACAUACAUCUUGUACUGAACAUGGUCUCCAUGGAAGGAUAUCUUUUAUGAUGGUGAUCCUUGUUUACAGUUAUUACACAAUGUUAAGAAACACACACACACACACACACACACACUCUCCUUCAUGUGCAUCUAUACAUAUAUAACAGGUAUAAGGCUUUGGUUGGCCCAUAAUUAUAGCAGGAGACAUUUGCCCUAGAUACCGUGCAGUGGAACUGAACCCAAAGCAAUGUGGGAGAUUAGGCAGAAAAUUGAUGGGAGGAGUAGACAUGAAGAUAGCGGGGAGCAGGAAGCUGGCCAACUCUGAGGAGCAGAGGCCAUUAUAGUAGAAGCAGAAGGGAAACUCUUGCCCUCUGCUUCUACUAUCAUGUCAGAGGUGUGGGGCUGGUGCUAGAUAAAAAGACCACAAAGUCUCUUAUCAGCUGGCAACCAGUCAGUAAUAGCAUUAUUCCUGCAUGAUUUCAAACCAGAUUUGUCAAGACCACCAUCAUCCAGAUCUUCUUGUGGAAGAAACAAAAAAGGACAAUUUUUAUGAACAACUACAGGAUGUGAUCAAUAACACACCAUGCUUUGACAUCAAGUUGGUUGUGGGGGACUGGAAUGCUCAGCUAGAUUCCAGCAGGUUUGGGGUAGAGCAUAUGAAAGGACCACAUACAAGUGGAAGCAAAACAACUGAAAAUGGAGAGCACUUUUUAUUAUUCUACAUUGGCAACACCUUCUUCCCACACUCAACUAUCCACAAAAUGACCUGACAGUUUCUAGAUGGAACAACCAUCAACAAAAUUGCCUUUGUGUGCAUAAGUCAGCACUGGUGAUCUUCACUGCAGGACAUAAAGGCACAAAGUGGGGCUGAUAUUGGGUCUGAUCAUCAUCUACUAACAACUGUGGUGCAGAUCCGGUUAAAGAAUAAGAGUUAUAAACAAAACCAUUUGCUAUAGAUAAGCUAAGAGACACCAUGGUGCUCAGAAAAUGCCAGCAAGAAGUCGCCCACCAUUUUCAAGACCAUGACACCAUGGUAGUUAACCAAUCCCAACCUCUACAGUAGAAUGGAGACUUAGAAGAACAAUGGAAUAUGUUCAAAAGUGCUUUGAUCCAAGAUGCAAGGAUUAUAAUCCGACAGAGAAGGGGGACUACCUGGAAAUAUGGAUUACACCAGAUACAUGGCAGUUGAUUGACAGCAGGAAGAAAAAGAAAAGAAGGGACCAAACGAAAACAGAAAAAGAGAGAAAAGCAGCAGAAAAGCAAUAUCGAGUGGCAGACAGGCAGGUGAAGAGAGGAUGCAGGAGAGAUAGAAGAAGGUAGGUGGAAGGAAAGAUUAAAGAAGCUCAGAAGGCAAUAAAGAAAAAAUGACAUCAAAAACCUAUGCAGAAUUGUGAGAGAUCUAAUGGGAUCAACAGGAGGGGGCAGUCUGCCAGUGAAAGAUAAGAAUGAGAAGACUCUGUUAAGCAACAAACAACAAAAUGCAAGAUGGGUGGAACACUUUAAAGUAACCCUAAACCAACCAGCACCAACAGUAGAAUUGAAUUUAGAGGACCAACAAAUAGAACAGUUGGAAGUGGAAAAGGGAUCAAUAAGAGGAAGUAAGAGAAGUAUUGAAGACCCUAAUAAAACAAUAAAGUGCCAGGACCAGACAUUUCAUCAGAAUUAAUGAAAGCAGGUGGCCUGGUCAUGGUCGAAAAGUCAACACAGUUAUGUAAUGCAUGCUGGGUGGAAAAAGGGUACCUGAAGAGUGGACCAAAGGAGCCGUUAUUAAACUACUAAAGAAAGGAGAUUUGAGCCAAAACUGCGGGGGAAUAACACUAUUGUCAAUGCUGGGUAAAGUGCUGUGCUUUAGUGUUGCUGUUCUGGUUGAAGUUUGCACUAGAUGUAAAGCUGAGAGAACGACAAGCCAGAUUUUGACCCAGCAGAUUGUGCUGCAAACAAAUAUUCACACUGUGCAACAUCGUAGAACAAUGCAUGGACCAUCAAGGAUCACUAAUAAUAAACUUCAUUGACUUCAAAAAGGCGUUUGUCAGUGUGCAUAGAGAAACCCUCAAGAAAAUUGCCAAAGUGUAAGGAAUACCAGACGAUUAAAACAGUAUGGAUACACUGGUUUCCUUAAAAUCAUUUACUAGAGUAAGACAACACUGUCUCCUGUCACCAAUGUUGUUUCUGAUAGUCAUUGAUUUUGUUAUGUGAAGAUCAACGGUGGGACUGGCUGUAGGCAUACCAGGGACAGAGACUGGCUAUCAGACUUGGAUUUUGUCGAUAACGUUGCUCUGUUGGCUGAGAAUCGCCCAACAUUACAAGAAAUGGAAAGGGAAGCAGCAGAGACUGGGUUGAGAAUCAACAGUCAAAAAACAGAAGUAACUCAAGUAGAGAAACAACUAAAAAGUGCACCAAUGGAAGUUGGAUGAGAACCAGUUGAAGAAAUUACAAGCAUAGUGACAAGCAACAGCGAUGCAGAGACUGAUGUAAGCUGCAGAAUUAGCAAGGCAGUGGGAGUAUUUAGAAGACUGACAACACUUUGGUGUAGCAAUAACAUAAGUAUAGAAGUGAAGAUUCAGCUGUACAAAACAGCAAUACUACCAAUAGCAAUCUAUACAGCUGGAAGAUGACAGCAAAAAUUACCUGCCAACUCAACGUAUUUCACUGCCUCAGAAAGAUCCUAAGAAUCACUUAUCGAGGCAGAGUGACAAAUGAAGCCAUUCUCCAAGCAGCAAGUGUAAGGCCCCUGCAUGCAAUUGUGACCAAAUGAGAAUGGCUGGACACAUACUAAGACUGCCAGAGGAGAGGCUUGCCAAAACAGCCAUGGGCUGGAUGCUGCUGGAAAGUAAGAGAAAAAGAGGCCGGCCAAGGAAGAUAUGGCAUAGUACUUUCAAAGAAGACCUACACAGACUGAACAUCAGCUGGGAAGAAGCAUACCGGUUGGCCAGAGACAAAGAUAACUGGUGAUUACUCACUGCUUGAUAUGUCACUCAAAGGCACCAACAGACCUAAAGAAGGACAAGAAGAAGAGGGGAAUCUGAGUCUACCUGUGAGUGGAUUUAUGGAGAUAUUGUUGUUUAGCCCCAGGCUGUUUGUUCAGGGGCGGAUAGGGAUUCUAACAUUUGAUUUUGGUCAGAGGGGUCUCUUUAGUCUUCCUAUAUAUGAGUGAUUGGCUCUGCAGUAAUUCCAAAUAAGAACUUAUAUGAGAAAGAGAUAUUUUGUCCUCUCCAGUACCAGGGCUUGAUAAAAUGUACCUCAUCCACUCUGUAAGACAUAUGCAUAACCACAGAGUGAGUAUGUAUACUCUUUUACAAGUGGUAAAUGAUGGAGACCAUGACAAAUAGUUAUCCCUUGUGAGGCAGCCCCUCGUCAUGGUCUGCAUUGUCUAGCACACAACAACAGAGGACCUAAGAGUUCCCUUCACCUUAUUAGGGGUUACUGCAGUGUCAGUCACUCAUAGGAGGACUAAAGCUUUCUCUCUGCUCUAUAACAGUCCUUUUCUUUAUAGUAAUACAUAAGAUUAUAUUAUUUCAUGUGCAUUUUCUUUUGCUAAGAUAUUGAGAUGCAACUAGAAACAGAUUUGUCUACAAUUUCCAGUAAUUGGUUUCAAAUUUUGGCACAAGGCCAGCAACUUUAGGAGAGGGAGUAAGUCAACUACAUCAACCCUCAGUGCUCAACUGCUACUUAUUUUAUUGACCCCAAAAGGAUGAAAGGCAAAGUCAACCUCAAAGGAAUUUGAGCUCAGAACGUAAAGAUGGAUGAAAUGCCACUGAGCAGUUUUUGCCCAGUGUGCUAUUUACAGUACUGCUGGGUUACUGCCAUUUUCUAGUAAUUGAGAGCAGACAUGUAGUGGCUUGUUUUAUGUUUCUUAUUUCAGCAAAACAUAUUUAUGACAAAGUGUAGUAUAUUGCCACUGGCUUAUCGACACACGACUGUGUCCUGUUUGCCAAGGGAAGUUAUCCCUCUCACCACGAUCUGCAGCACGAACGGAUCCGGAUUUCAGGGUUAUUUCCCUUCGUCGGCGUUCGAUAGCUACUGACCUUGGUGAGAGAGACAAAAACUUGGCAAUCUUAUAUCUUCUUUUCCAGUGAAAUUCUUCACUGAUAUCGAAAAGGUGAAAACAAGCAAUGUUAAUUCUCUAAAUGAAGUAUUAACAGUAACUGCACGA